AUGCCUAAUAGAGACAGAAAAGAGGGUGCGACCAAGGAGAUCGGUACAGCGUUAACCCGCGUCUGCUUACGUCACAGAGCCAUUGAGACCAGGAUGAAGACGUUUAUAAGCGCCCUAAUGGAUACCCUAAUAACUCCACUAUCAGAACGCGCUGACGAAUGGCGUCGCGGGACCUGUACUACUGGGGCACUGGGCCGAGAACACGCGAGGGAGUGCAAGCGUGCUCGAGCUGAACUUAGACGCCGUGUCACAGAGGCACAAAGGCACGCGAGGAAGGCUAGGAGAGCGCCCCCUGACGCGAAAAGACGGGCUGAUGUUUGCAUGCAGGACAUUCAAGAACGUAAGCAACAGUUGGAGGAGAUGGAGGAGAAAGCAGUGAAGGCCGCGCUCAUCGAGGAACGAAGCCGCUUCUGUCACUUCGUGUCGCUCCUAAACCCCGUUGUGGAAUCUGAAGUGGCAAUGUUAGCGGAGGUUGGUCAUUUACAAGAAGGAAGCGAGCAGCUCAUCAGACACACAGCUGAGCCUAGGACACUACCAGCUGCCAGUUUACAGGUGAUAUGCGACAUAAAGUCCUGCUACAGCGGUUGGGCUGAGAGUGGGUCGGCGCCGCAUUCCCCAUCGGCCUCAUCCCGUCUCGGAAGCCGCAAGUCAUCGCUCACCUCAAUAUCUUCAUUGAACAGCCAGUGUUCUGAUCAGCAGCAUGGUGUAUCCGGUUCAACAGUGAGUUGCUCGACCCCGAUAUCGAACGCGUCCUCAGCGGGCACCAUCCCUGCCCCUUCCAGCGACUCUCAACACUGUCUCACACAGGGUUCAGACAAUCAGAGCGUUAGUAGCGAGUGUAUGACUCAGGCCAAGAGCCACACCGAAGACGAACAUACGGACGAUGGACACGAUGGCAUCAGUAAUGCAGCAUCAGCGACUUGGCCCGAUCUCAAAGACACGGCGCAGUUCGAGAGAGCCGCCUCUGCCAUCAUGGGCGGAAGACCGCAUACAAUUUCUGCAGCGUACGAGCGCGGUCACCCCCGCGCGGCGCUGAGCGUGCACACGUUUACUUCGGAGGUGGACGCAAGGGAUACACACAUCUACGCUCGCCCGCCCUUGCCUACCAGAUGUUCCUCCCUGGAACGUCCCGCAGUCCCCAAUAAGUCGGGCAACGCCAACACGUGCCAGCAAGAGUUCAAACCGAGCAAGCCAUCCUCACUGCCACCUCAUCUUACUAAAGAAAUGCCGCAAGCGCUGUACGUGAACAUGUCGGAGCUGGCGACCCUGGCCGCGUCGCGCGCCCAGCAACACAACGCCGAGCAUCCGCCGCAGGAGAAGGUACGAGCCAGCUGUACAUUCAUGUUCUAG